AUGCCCACUCGCGAUUCCCAUCUGCAGUUCCAGAAGUGGGCACAGGAAUUCGGGCCCGUCUACAGUCUGAUUCUCGGGACCAAAACGUUGGUAGUACUGUCAAGCGAUCAGGCUGUCAAAGACUUGUUGGAUAAGCGAAGUGCGAUGUACUCGCAUAGACAGGAGAUGUACAUCGGCCAAACGCUAUGCAGCGGAGGCCUUCGAUUGCUUAUGAUGUCUGGCGAGGAGUAUGUGCCCUUCGAUCACCGUUUCGAUCACGAGCCUGACAAAUUACAGUUUCGAAAAAUGGUUCAUGGCCUCCUCAACGUGACCGCUGCCAAGUCCUAUGUUCCCUACCAGAUGCUUGAGAACAAACAGAUGAUGUAUGAGUUUCUCACUCAGCCAGAACGGUUCCUAUACAGCAUCCGUCGCUACUCCAAUGCCCUGACCACCACUAUGGUCUUUGGGUGGCGCACACCGACCUACGAGGACGAGAAAAUGAAACAGCUUUUUGACGGCUUCUCUGAGUUUGCCGAGAUAAACCAGACGGGAACAGCUGCCCUUAUCGAUUUCUUUCCGUGGUUGAGAAUGCUGCCGGACUUUCUCCUCCCGACGCAGAAGAGAGCCAAGGAACUUCACCAGCGGGAAAAGGCUCUGUACGUGGGCCACUGGUUGCGAGCAAAGCAGGAUAUCCGUGACGGAAGGAUUAAGCCCUGCUUCUGCGUCGGUCUGGCCGAGGCCCAAAAGUCGGACGGAUUCAGUGACGACCAGGCUGCGUACAUCUCCGGGACAUUGUUGGAGGCCGGUUCCGACACCACCUCCAGCACUCUGUAUGCGUUCGUUCAGGCGAUGCUCCUCUUCCCUGACGUGCAGCGCAAGCUUCAAGAGGAGAUUGACCGCGCUGUGGGACCCCGUAUGCCGACCAUGGAUGAUGAGCAGGACCUGCAGUAUGUUCGCGCUUGCAUGAAAGAGACCCUGCGCUGGAUGCCAACGACCAUUCUCGGCGCGGUGCCGCACGCCGUCACCCAAGAUGACGAGUACAUGGGUUAUCUCAUCCCAAAAGGCGCUGGCGUUGUGAACAACGUGUGGGCCAUCAACAUGGACGAGAAGCGUCACCCCAACCCGCGGGUGUUCAACCCCGAUCGGUACAAAGAUGAUCGCCAAACCUUGGCUGAAGCAGCCGCUAACCCUGAUGCCACCAAGCGCGAUCAGUUCACGUUUGGCGCUGGGCGCCGAAUCUGCCCUGGAAUCCACAUUGCCGAGCGCAGCCUGUUCUUGGGAAUCUCGCGCAUGAUGUGGGCUUUCAACGUGGAGCCAGCAUUGGAUGAAAAGGGGCAGCCUAUCUUCCCCGAUGCAGAUCGUUUGACUCAAGGGUUUGUCUGCAUGCCAGAGGAGUUCCCUGCUCGUAUCACACCACGGUCCCAAGCCAAGGCGGAUAUGGUCAUCAAGGAAUGGAAGGAGGCAGAGCAACAAUGCUUGGAUCCAGAAACUAAGCAGUGGUUGCUCUCGCCAGUGAAAUGA